AUGGAAAGUGACUAUUCUAUCAUCUCCAACGACCGAGGAACCUUGGAUCCGACGGUUACACUGACUAAUCAUAUUGUCGCGCUACAAAUAUCUCUUGAGACGCAGGAGCAGGAUAGCCCAGUAACUUGGAAAGAGACGUAUGGGCCAACCCACGGAGACAAUGGCGGAGCUAAUGGCGUGUCACGGACCAUUACUGGCUCUCAAUUCUCACUUCACCCGACGUCUCAGAUAGUCACGAUAAUCACGAUUGAGACCGAACGUUCAUCUCUGACAAUAACAAUCGGCUCAAGUGGUCAACAUAUGGCGACAGCGAGUGAGACCCAUGAAUUACUACCUUCCACUACAACCAAUGGCCCGAAUCCACCUUCUUUUCCCACAACGUCUUCUUUAUGGGGCUCCAACGAUUACACUGCGCUAGACGGCAGCGGACUAUCGCGAAGCAUCUCAAAGCAAAGCCUAGGCGCAGUACUUGGAACUGUAUCCGGAGCAGGGAUCAUUGCCGUCUGCAUCGUGAUCAUGCACCGCCUGUGUUACCCCAGCAUUCGAAACAAAAGGUCAGAAAAGUCUGACAGGCUAAACGCACAGAUGAGCGACCGCCAAAAUACACUUUCUGGGCCAAUGGUCGAAAUAUCUCGCUUCUCUGAGGAUUCUCGAUGA